AAUAAUUGACGAACGACGAACAUAAGAAAGUGAUUUUUUCUUGAACGAUGUAUCGACUUCGGCUUGGAGCAGCUGCUCUGGUUGUUGUUUUGCUGAUGGGCGGCAGCAGUGCGGCAAUGGGCAGUCCCUGCUUUGGAAACACCGGAAUAUCGUUCCACCCGAAUCCGGAGGACUGUACCCGGUACAUUCUGUGCAUCGAUGAAACGCACCACGAUAGGCAGUGUGGUCCGCGGCUGAUUUUUGACGUCAUCAAUAACGCCUGCCAUCGGGAGGACGAAGCCAUCUGCAUCCGGGAUGUUCCUACCCCUCCGACUAGAAAACCGGCUGUGCGGAAAUAUCCAAGAGAUUAAUUGAAAAAGAAUUGUUUAGUAUUUUUUUUUGUAACAGACCAACAAUUGAUAGUGACAUAAAUAAAUGAGUGAGCUUCUUUGGAAACAGUGAUCAUUAGUUUCCAAAUAAUGUGUGGUAUU